UUUCCGCUGCUGUCACAGGUUCUCGCGGCAAACAAAGUCCUGCCUCUGGCAAAUAGGCAACUGAGCUGCAGCCCUGGACUCACGGCCCAAUUGAACAGAGAAGUAAGGCUGGUGUGAGUCGUCCGCACCCUAAAAGCGGGGUUUAAACACAGUAACAUACGAUUUUACUGCUGCACCUUUGCUCCUAUUUACAGCUACUGCAUUGGGCCACGCGCUGACUCCGCGGGUCACAUCCGAACACGCUGCUGCUGCAGGCUCCAAGCCGUCGCAGGCGGUCCGUCCUUUAGUUCUGGCUGUAGACUACCGUUACGUAGCAGCAAUGCGGCCUCAGGACUUGGCUGCUGGGGUUGCGGGCGCUGCCACAGGUGGCGCGGUGGUGGCGGUACUGGGGCCCACGCUUGGACCCGCGGGCGCUGCUAUCGGUGCUGCCGCAGGCGCGCAGGCUGCGGCGACGCUCGCCGCGGUGCUGGACCCGCCUGGCACGCGCCUCGGCCGCCGCGCGGGCUACACGACCACUGAAGCGGACGUGGUGGGUCACACGGAGCCGGUGGUGGAUAAGCCCGAAGGGCAGGCGGAGGCGGGCGAGCAGCCGGUAGGGGGCGCACCGGACCUGAGCGCAGGCCUGGUGGCUGCCGCAGAUGCGGCCAUAGCGGAUGGCAGUGGCGACUCUGUUGGCACAGCGUUGGAGGCACAGGACGUGAGUGGGGCUUGCCAGGAGAUGGCGACUCAGAGCCCACGCUGAACAGCAGGCUUGAUGAAUGUGUACACCUGAUUGAGUUGGGCUCGCUAACGGGAUUGCAAGUGAACGGAGGAGGUGUGGAAGGACGCAUCACCAUACAUGCACCGUAGGUGUGUGUGUUAAAGAGCACAAGGAGAACGUUGCGCAAAGACAGUGUAUGCGAGGUGUGUGCGUGUGCGAGGAUACGGCGGGUCUCAAGCGUGUAAUGCCGUUUUAGUGCAAACGAACGGGAGGAUGCGACAGUAUUGGCUGUAUUGCUGCAUUGCAGCGGACGUGCUGCCUCGUUGGCUGCUGUUGCUGUGUGACUGUGUGACUGUGUGACUGUGUGACUGUGUGACUGUGUGUGUGCGUGUGCCUGUGCCUGUGCCUGUGCCUGUGCCUGUGCCUGUGCCUGUGCCUGUGCCUGUGCCUGUGCCUGUGCCUGUGCCUGUGCCUGUGCCUGUGCCUGUGCCUGUGCCUGUGCCUGUGCCUGUGCCUGUGCCUGUGCCUGUGCCUGUGCCUGUGCCUGUGCCUGUGCCUGUGCCUGUGCCUGUGCCUGUGCCUGUGCCUGUGCCUGUGCCUGUGCCUGUGCCUGUGCCUGUGCCUGAUGUGCCUGUGCCUGAUGUGCCUGUGCCUGUGCCUGUGCCUGAUGUGCCUGUGCCUGUGCCUGUGCCUGAUGUGCCUGUGCCUGUGCCUGUGCCUGUGCCUGUGCCUGUGCCUGAUGUGCCUGUGCCUGAUGUGCCUGUGCCUGUGCCUGUGCCUGUGCCUGUGCCUAUGCGUGUGCGCGUUAGAAACGACAAAACGAAGCCUGCCCAUCAGACGGCGCGUAUCCCGCAUAUAUAUGUGCGCAUGGGUGUGGGGCGCCGUGGGUUGGCGUGUGUGCGUGUGUGUGUGUGUGUGCGUGUGUUUGUGCGUGCGCGUGUGUGUGUGUGUGUGUGUGUGUGUGUGUGUGUGUGUGUGUGUGUGUGUGUGUGUGCCUGCUGGUUUGCCUUCUAGUGCUGCAUGUGGUGGCAAGCGGUACGUACCGGUAUGCUGGAAUGCGGUCCAUGCCAUGCAUGAAUCGUGGCAAGGACAUGCCUCAUGGCUAACAGUCGGAACGGCCAAACAUAUGUCGAGCGAGCGAGCCGGAUGUAAACCUACACGUAAACUGCUCUCGGCUACGGUAGCUCCGGGCUACGGUACCGGUGGUACCGAGCGGUCCUGUGCCUGUAGUAGGUGUAUGGGGGCAUUGGGUUGGGAUCCAGGUGCGGCCGACGCACGCUGCUUGGCGAGGUAUGUGCCGGUAGGCGCGCCAGUGUUCCUGACGCCGUGCCUCAGGGAGACGGUUUGGUAACGACCGUAAAGGUUGCAGUGUAGGGGCUUGGUUGUGCUCGGCCCGUGGCCUGGCUUCGCUGGGGCCGCGGCUGUCGGUGUCUGGUGUACCGGGGUUCAGACGUUCAGUCGGGCCGUGGGGUCGUCGGUGGCACCUGCUGGGCGCUUCGCGUUCCCAGGGCGUGAGUUUGCGCUUGGGUUUUGGGCAGGCAACUGGUUUGGGGUUUGGGCUGUGUCUACCUCGUUUCUACUGACGGACUUGACGGGCCUGUGGCGGUACCAGGGACGGUUUCGUGGCAGGUUCUUUUGGUGGAUGGCCGUUAGGCCGGCAGGAUGCGUGUUAACACACAAAACGAGUCGCCCGGGCUGCGUGUUGUGUGCCUGCCUGGCUGGAGGUAGUUUUGAAACCUUCGGGCUCAGGCGGGGGGAUAGUGGGCGUAGCCAGCUCGUCUAAAGACCUUUCA